CAGACACUGAAUUUUGGGAUAAGAUGCAAGCUGAAUGGGAAGAAAUGGCAAGACGGAAUUGGAUUUCUGACAGUUCAAACUGUUCAAACCAGACUGGAACUUCAUCUAGAGAAACGGGUUAUUAUUUCACACAUGGAUAAUCCAUUUAGGGAAUGUUCUGCGGCCUUUGAAGAAGGUAUGAAGAAAUUUAAAGAAGGAGAUUUGCCUUUGACAGUUUUAUACCUGGAAGCUGCCAUUUUGCAAGACCCAAAUGAUGCUGAGGCUUGGCAGUACCUUGGUAUCACUCAAGCAGAGAAUGAAAAUGAACAGUCUGCUAUUGUCUCUCUACAGAGGUGCUUACAGCUACAACCAAAUAAUUUAAAAGCACUCAUGGCCUUGGCUGUCAGCUAUACCAAUAUAGGGCAUCAGCAAGAUGCAUACGAGGCUCUGAAAACAUGGAUUAAGCAGAAUCCCAGAUAUAAGUUUCUAGUGAAGAAAUCUGAAUCUCCAGCAUUGACCAGGAGAAUGUCAAAACCAUUUUGUGAAAGUGCUUCCUUGGAAGAAGUGAAGGAUUUGUAUCUAGAGGCAGCACAUCAGAAUGGGGACUUAAUAGACCCAGACUUGCAGACUGGACUCGGAGUUCUGUUUAACCUAAGUGGGGAGUUUGAUAGAGCUGUAGAUGCCUUCAACUCUGCCUUAAUGGUCCGGCCUGAUGACUACUCACUAUGGAACCGCCUGGGUGCAACGUUAGCCAAUGGAGAUAAAAGUGAAGAAGCAGUAGAGGCCUAUUCAAAAGCCCUGGAGAUACAGCCAGGAUUUAUUAGGUCCAGAUAUAAUUUAGGAAUAAGCUGCAUUAACCUUGGAGCAUACAGAGAGGCUGUUAGUAACUUCCUUACAGCCCUAAGCCUGCAGAGGAAAAGCAGGACUCAGCUGCAGUCUCUUCACCCAGUCAUCUCAGGCAAUAUUUGGGCUGCACUCAGAAUAGCUCUUUCUAUGAUGGACCAGCCAGAUCUGUUUCAUGCUGCCAAUGUGGGAGACCUGGAUGUUUUAUUGAGAGCCCUUUUAAAAUAG